AUGGAGCACACUCAUGACGCGCUUAACGAGCUGCAGGCGAAGCUGAACGAUGUUGUCGACUUCCUGGUCGGCCAUUUUGCCGGUGAAUUCGAGGAGGGCAUUCGCACGCACGUGAAGGAGAUGGGAAAACUCUUGCAGAAGUGCAAACUGUCGGCGCCGCCAUCUUCCGCCGCCUCUCGCGCCCCCACCAACACUGCGCCCCACUCGGGCGCCAGUCAGCUCGGCAACGGUACCGUGGCCAGCAACACCAACGACGGCGGCGGCAGCGGCAACAGCAUGCUUUGCACCAUCAAUAGCAACACGAUGGAGGAGGAGGCGGAGCACUGUCUCCGGCCGCUGAUGGACCAUUUCGAGUCUCUGUUGGCCUAUUUGGCGGGCGCAUGCGAGAAGACGGUGCUGAAGCGCCUGCUCAAGGAGCUCUGGCGGAUCACGGUUCAGAACCUCGAGAAGCUCGUCAUUCUGCCGCCGGUCAAUGACCCAAAACAGUUUCGACCUCGCAUCGGUCCUAUCAACACCCCCAGCGGGAGUCGAACCAUGACAGUGCAGAUUGUGAGUUUGCCACGAGUGCCCUUUGGUCACAGAGCAGAUUUGCAUUUCAAGGAAGGCGUUACUUUUCUUUUCUAA